AUGUAUGCCUUCUAUUCGCUCCUCAUCUACAUCUUCUACAGCCUUUUCCGCAGGGAUGGCGGGGCAGCGGCGGCUACUGCCGACCCCAGGGACCCCGCCCAGAGAACCCGCUGCAAGCCCAAGGGUCGUCGUCACCCCGACCAGCUCACGUCGGAUCUGUGGACCGGGUUGACCGGCCUAGCCGGCUGCUCGGAGUCUGAGGAUGGGCCAGAAGGGAGAGCGGAGGGCCGGCCAGCGGUGUCCCUGGAAGAGGCUCUCAUGCGCCUUGCUGAGUUCCUUUCUGUUCAGCUGGGGGCAGAAGAGAGCUAUGAGAAUCCACAUGACCAGGGCAAGACUGGUGAGGUCCCUCCACUGUUGACAGUGACCAGUCAGCUCUUGGCCCUUCUGACAUGGAUUCGGAGCUCCAGGGGGAGGCAGACCCUGCUCCAGGGGACUCAGCCAGCUUUGCUGUUGGAGCCCCCCACCCUAGAUGGAUCUCUAUCGCAAGAAGAAAGCCCUUCCCAACCCACCUCCAUCCCAGGUGAAGUACCAACUGAGGCCCAGGAACAGCAGUCCCCCCAGUUGGAGGAGGAGCAGACAGCUUGGCAGCGGUUGGAACAACUCAUCCUUGGACAGUUGGAAGAGCUGAGACAGCAGCUAGAGCAGCAGGAGGAGGAGCUGGGCAGACUGCGCCUUGGAGUGGGGGCGACGGAUUCAGAGAAAAGAGUUCAGCAUCUCACGUUGGAGAACGAGGCCCUGAAACAGAGCCUGACCCUCACUCGGGACCUCCUGUUGCACUGGGGCCCUGGACCCCCAGCCAGGGCCCCACAGGAGGAGGCUGAGGCACUGUUGGAGCUCCAAGGCCGGCUUCAGGAGGCCCAAGACACCACAGAAGCCCUUCAAGCCCAGCUGGGAGUUCAGGAGGUGCAGCUGCAGGGCCUUCGAAGGGCCCUCCAGCAGCUCCAGCAGGAGACAGAGCAGAGUUGCAGACGGGAGCUACAGCAGGUGCAUGGGCAGCUGGCAGGACUUCGGGCACGGAUGGCCAGCCUGCGUCAGGGCUGUGGGGACCUCCGAGGACUGGUCAGCACCUUUACCCAGAGCUGUCAAGGCUCUCUGAGUGAGGCCCGGGGCCAGGUAUCUUGGGCCCUGGGGGCACUGUCAACUGGAGGGUCUGGGACUGAGCUCCCUGAGGGGCAGCAAGAGCCCCCAACUGGAUGCCCAGGGCGUUUGUUGGAGCUCAGAGGGAACAUCCGGGUGCUUUGUAGGCUGAGGCCAGGGACACCCUCCAGCCUGGUAAACUUGGAACCUGGACCAGGGGGCACUGUCACCACUUGCUAUAGAGGGCGCCAGCGUCGCUUCCAUCUAGACUGGGUCUUUCCUCCAGAUGCCAGCCAAGAGGAGGUCUUCAGAGAGUUAGAGCCAGCUGUGCUGUCCUGCCUCAGAGGCUACAGUGUAUGUAUCUUCACCUAUGGUCAGACUGGGACAGGGAAGACCUACAGCAUGGAGGGCCCACCUGAGGACCCUGGUAUAGCUCCUAGGGCACUGCAGUCACUGUUCCGGGAGAUGGGGACUGGAGGGCAGCACCGAGUGACCCUCAGCAUGGUGGAGAUCUACAAUGAGGCAGUCAGGGACCUUCUGGCCCCAGGGCCUCCAGAACGCCUGGCAGUGAGACAAGGCCCAGCAGGCCAGAGGGGAAUUCAGGUGGCUGGUCUCACCCACUGGGAUGUAGGCAACUUGGAGACCCUACACCAGAUGCUGAGCCUGGGGAGGAGCAACCGGGCCACCGCCGCAACUGCCAUGAACCAGCACAGCUCCCGCUCUCACGCCGUAGUUACACUGACGCUGUGUGCUGCUUCUUCGCAGCGCACUCCAAGGACCGCAGGUACCCUGCACUUGGUGGACCUGGCAGGAUCUGAGCGCGCAUGGAAAGCAGGGGCUGCCGGCACGCAGCGGAAAGACCCGAAUGGCGCCCAGCGUCUGCGGGAGGCCCAGACUAUCAACCGCUCGCUGUUGGCGCUAGGAGGCGUGAUGGCCGCGCUGCGGACCCGUCGGCCGCAUGUGCCCUUCCGUGACUCCCUGCUCACACGCCUGCUACAGCCAGCCCUGGGCCCCGGAACCACCGUGGUACUACUGUUGCAGAUCUCUACACGGCCAGAGGACCUUGGGGAAACGGUCUGCUCACUCAAGUUCGCUGAACGAGUGGGCCAAGUGGAGCUGGGGCCAGCCCGGCGCCACAGGGUCCCACGCUCCGGGACCCCUUCCUCCCUCAGUACCGACACCCCACUCACCGGAACCCCCUGCACCCCUACCCCCUCUCCUGGCAGCCCUCCAAGUCCCAGCCCCGAUAGCUGCUCCGGUUUAGAUCUCUCAUCCCCAGGGGACCUGCCUCCUUAGUCCUGGGUAGAGACUCUCCCUACGGGUCCCGGAUGUACCUCUGCUGGCAGAGGCAAUAGAAAAGUCCCUACACCUCAUCUACCAGGAUAACUCUUUGACCUCUGGAGAUCUACUCCCUACCCUUCCCCCUCCCCAGAGUUGCCCCUCCACCUUCCCAGCCAAUGAAGAGUUAUGCUUGGAGAAAUUAUUGCCCCCGCCCCCCAGUUGGGCCACAGGCCCUCGGCUCUUUCCCCUUAUCACCAUUUGCCCUUAUCACAGUACACAGCAGGGGAUCCCAGGGCCACAGGAACCAGACCCCAGAUUCUGGCCAAGAGGUUUCCCAAGUCACCAUCCCUGCCCCCAAAAUCAGACUUGGAAUUAAAAUGCUGUAAAUUCCUUUACUUUUAUCUCCCCCCACCACAUCACCCCAAGACUUAUGUAGGGUCUGGUCUUUAUUCCCUAACUCUCCCAAAAAGGUGCUACCUCCUUCCCAGACAGUUGAAGGAGGGCAGGACUUCAGACUGGAUCCAAUAUUAGGCUCUCCCUCCCCCACCCUGGAGCCAGGGUGGGGAGGCAGACAAGAUAAUGGAUGGAUGGAUAGAUAGAUGGUGUGUGGGCCUGAGAAGAUGGGACCAAGAAGGGCUACUCCAGGCUGAGCCUUACUUCUCCAGCCUUGCCCCUGGGUGUGGGGGAGGCAGAGGCAUGACUGACCAGGAACAGGGUUGUGUCCAGCUGGGUCACAACCUUUUCUGGGGCAACCCAAUAAAGCUUGU